AUUAAAAAUAAGUUUGCUUUGCAUUACUGGAUAUAAAAACAGUUUCAGAAAAAAGGUCAAGAGCAAAAAAAAUAUUAUAAUAAAGAUGAAAGCGCCCCACCCAAAGUCCUCUGUCCAUGAGACAUCUGUCAUAGCACCGUCUUAAGUAGUAGUAUUAAGUCUUCAAAGCUAGAUGUAUAUCAAUCAAUCGGAUAAUCUAUUUUAAAGAGUCAUUCCGUUUUUUUUUCGCUCUCUCGUUUAUUGUAGAUAUUUACUGUGGCUAGAGAUUUAAAAGUUAUAUUAACUUAAGAUAUAUUAAUGACACUACUUUUGUUCAAAUGUAAGAGAUAUUUUCAUUUAUAUUUGAAAUAUCAUCACCGGAGGAAUUUAAAAAGCUUAUGACGACAAAAUUUAAAAAUAACAAACUAUCUAUUUUCAUAAACUUGAAUAAACCAAGCGAUUAAAGCUGCAGCGUUUAUGUAACGUGUAGACGUCUGUGAAGAAUACUCAUAGCAAUAUUGUUUUUGAAUAAGAUACAUCUCCUGCAAGUUAAGUUCUGAAUAUUUGGACAUCGGUGUUCAUUCAUUUCCAAUCUGCCAGUAUCCUGAAUAUCUAUAUAACGAAACGCGACAUUAUUAUAACACAAUAUGUAUGUGAAUGUAUUUUUAUCCGCUUUGUUUCUUAUAUUCUUAUACAAAUGCAUGGCUUAUAGCUUCAGCAUGUUGAUGCACUUUGUUUUAGAUAACUCCACUCAUAUACUGACUCUUACUAAUCACUAAGUACUAAAACGGUUGUGCCUGCAUAGAGGUCUUAGUCAGUUAAACUUUUGAUCAUUUGAUCUUAAGUCAUAGCAGCACAAACCACAAUUUCAGAUGGUUUGCCACCUGAGUCUAGUGAUGUUCAAUCGAAGUUGACCAACGAUGAUAAAUCUACCGAAGUUGUGCAAGAAUCGACUGCCUUACCCGCUGUCAUAUCUCUCUCACCAUCUGAAGUUACUAAUUCAGUUAGUACAUAUCUAAAGAAACCAACUGUCUCUUCUUUUGUACCGUCAAGUCUUUCAGCUUUGACAAUUGAUGGUUUAAAUCAUGCCGCUCAUCCUAUAACAUCUUCUCUACCUGAUGUACCAUCACCAACAUUGUCAUAUAUUGCUAAAACAGUACACGUUCAUUCUUCAGUGAGUUCUUCUGUCCUAUCUAUAUUGUCAUCUGAAGAUACGCUAGAUGGAUAUGACGCUUCUUUUAAUUCUUCGUCGGUAUCAAAACAAAACGUGACCAGGGCUAUUUCGUCUUAUUCUGAAGACCAACCGAAUGUAAACCCUAGCAGGACUUUUUCAAGUGACCCUGUAACAUUACAAAAAGAUAAGAGUGAUUUAGCUGUGUUUGCAGCACGAUUCAGUGGAAUGUACUCAACAACUAUAAAUUCUUCACUUGUUCAAAAUGUAUCUCACGCAAUUUCUCCUUCAAAGCCUGUGGAAUUUUCACGUUUUAACCAUCUUAAUACUGAAGUUUUAGCUACUAGUACUGUAACAGUAACUGUUACUUCAUUUGUAUAUAUUGCGGCAUCCGAUCCAAACUUAAAAUGUUCAAUCGCAUCUAAUACAUCAUCAGAACUUACGACUGCUUCUUUACAAACAACAAUCAAUUCCAACUUUGAUAUUUCUCAAAGCGUAAGUGGAACUGACACAUAUACUUCUGUAUUUAAAUUGGAUCCUUAUUCUGUUUUAAACGAAACUGUAGAGACGACAGAAUCACAGCAAAGAAGUGAUAACUUCUCGGUACCUAAUAAACAAAGUGGUGAUGAACCAAAAUCAGUAAUACAAAUUUUUCAUCAGAUCGCAGCUAUUAUGUCUCGUUUGGUCUCUGAAACCCAAACUAGUGAUAUGUUUACUAGUGUUUCAAGUUCACCUCCACAUUUGACUUCUAUUGUGUCAAAAUACUUACCAAAAGGAAGCGACUCUGAUGUGUCAUCACUUUUUACGACAAAACAACCAAGUAUGACACCAAUUCUUACAAUUCAGUCGUCAUCUUUAAGACUUUCAAAUAACAUAUCUUCUGCCGGGGCCUAUUAUAUGUCUUCAGAGAAUAUGCAAAAGGAAUUCACUCUUUCGACACUAACUGAUAAUUCUAAAUAUCUCGAAAGUCAUUUCUUAAUUUCAGAGGUAACUAAAUCAAGCAACUUUAAUACGACAAAAUAUAGUAUUACAGAUACAUUAAAUAGAACCGAUAAGUCGUCGUUGCAUACUACUAGUAUAUCAUCUGAGAAAAAUUCUACAGAAGCUUCUUUUGAACAACAGAGUAAAAAGGCCAAGGGUGCCGUCUCUCAAUUUAAUUUCGAUAUACCAAAAACAACACCAAGCAUAUUUCAUUCAAAAUCUGCGAAUGAUGUGGACAAAUCUUAUCAGAAAAAUGGUCAUAAAUCGAAUUUACAAACAGAAAAUGCCACAGUUAUUCCUUUCUAUCAGACUCUGUCGUCGAGAAUACUUUCUACUCUAUACCGAUUAGCAAUGAGCACAUUGUCAACGAAAGAGGCAAGGAAUGAAUCAACUUCGGAAUCUUCAUUGUCUUCUACUUUUUCUACAUCAGCGCAAACUUCGUCUGUUGCAUAUGUGGAGACGUUCAAAUAUCUCACAGAUCGCACAUCGACAUUCGAAACAACGCCAUCAAUAAAAACAACCACAGUGACCUCAACUUCAUCUAAUACUUCAUCAAAAUCAGAAUCAACGUCACCAUCGACGUCAAUAGGAAAAUCGACCUCUCCAACAACGAAAUUGUCGACUCAAUCAACACCUACCUCAUCGGCUUCUUCUAAACUAACAACCAUGUCUACAACAUCACUCACGCCACAGACCACAAAUACAACAUCACAAACGACGACGACGACGACAACAACAAAAUCAUCAACAACACCGUCAUCAUCAUCAAAAAUGACACCUACUUCAUUUUCAAAUACACCACCAACAACUCAAUACACAACAACAACAAGGAGCACAAAGACAAUUACAGAAGCUACGCAAACAGACCAAACAACCACCACCAAAUCAACAACGACAACAAUAAAAUCAACAACACCAACGACACCAACUACACCACCACCACCACCAACAACAACAACAACAAAAGCAUCAUCAUCAACAACAACAACACCAACAACAACAACAACCACUACAACAUCAAAAACAACAACAACAGCAACACCUACGACAACCUCAACGACGCCGGAAAAGUCGACAACAACAACUUCAACGACAUCAACUACUCCAAAAACAACAACGACAGAACCAGAUCACCCACCGACAGCAAAUGCUGGCCCAGAUAUUACUAUCAGUUUACCUAGGGACAGAGUCAUCCUUGAUGGAUCAAGGAGUACAGACGAUCAUGGAAUAACCUCAUAUAUUUGGGAAAAAAUGUCCCCGGCCUCUAUAAAAGUUGUUAUGGCGGGAUCAACUACUAAAUUUCUCACCGUCUCUGACCUGGUCGAAGGCAAGUUCGUGUUUCGUUUAACGGUUACAGAUAAAGCUGGACAAAGAGAUCAGGAUGUUGUAACUGUCACUAUAAAUCCAGCACCGACAACGACCACGACUACCACUACCCCCUCUACGACACCAGAAAAGGAUUUAUGUAUACCAGUCCAUUUUGAGAUGUGUAAAAGCAGAGGUUUCACGCAAACAACAUUUCCAAAUUUCUUUAACCAUAUGUCAAUACCGCAAGCAGAAGAGGCAUUCAAUAUAUCAGUGGAACCAGUCAAAAACCAGAUAUGCCAAGAGACUACGAUCACAUAUAUGUGCUCUGUAUUUUUUCCAAAAUGCAAUCCAUAUACUGGUCAACUGAUUAUACCUUGCAAGGAUUUGUGCUUUGCUUCUGUAAACACUUGCGGGAACUAUUUUUCCAACCCAUUUCCUUGUGAGUAUUUCCCAGAAUCAGACUGUGUUUCCAUGCCAACAACUACAAUGGCGCCAACAACAACAACAGCUAAACCAGGUACAUGUGAGGAUACAAUAAUUGAACCGUGUAGAAAACUGGGAUUUACCAAAACAAUGUUUCCUAACUUCUUUUUUGAGGCCGACCAAAUAAACGCUAACGUAACUUUUAGCGAGUACCUUAAACCGACGAUUGAUAGUGGCUGUCACGAGGAUGCCUUAUUUUUCGUCUGCAGUAUCCAGUUCCCAAAAUGUGUGUCUGGCGUGAACAUUCAACCGUGUCGGAGAACUUGUGAAGCUGUAGUGAACGCUUGCACCGAUAUAUCAAUGUUUUUUCAAUGUGCGAUGUUUAAUGACCUCGACUGUUUAGCACCGACAAAACCUACAGCAAAGCCGUCAACAAGAUCAUUUAGACAUUGCACGGCCAAAGAAUUCACAUGUGGAAAAGUCACCAAGUGUGUAAGUGAAGAUAAAGUUUGCAAUGGUGUUGAUGAUUGUGGGGAUUGGACCGAUGAAAUGGAUUGUGUAUGUAAUGAGUAUGAAUUUCAAUGUGACAUGGGAAUGUGUAUCAAGUCAUACCAAAGAUGUGAUGGCGAAGAACAAUGUCCGGACAAUAGCGAUGAACAAAAUUGUGACGGAUGUAGCCAUGGGGCAUUAAAAUGUCCAAGUGGAGAAUGUAUUAUGGCAGAAUGGAAAUGUGACGGGAGACGAGAAUGCAAGGACGGCUGGGACGAAUUUGAUUGUGAUGUGUGCGGGAUAAAUCAAUUAACUUGUGGUGAUAAGGACAACACGUGCGUGGACCUAUCAAAGAAGUGUGAUGGCGUGGAGGACUGCCCAGAAGGUUUAGAUGAGUGGGACUGUAGUAAGUUACACCACGAGAAAGGACUUUUGGAGUUAGCCUAUCAGAAAUUCUUUAUACCUCUCUGCGCAUCGGCAUGGAGUGAUGAUUAUGGCCCAUACACUUGUACAAACCUGCUUGGAGAGGGGAAAUAUAUAAACUACUCCGCCAUCCCCUACAAUGUCCACGUUUUUACAAAAUUUUCCCUAUCCAGUCCUAUACAAUCUGUUCUAGGACCGAUUGAUUUGACUUACGACUGUCCAGGUAGCAAGGGUGUCAGAGUGAACUGUGAACCAAGAGGAUGUGGGAAGAUGAUGGUCGAGCCAAUGGUAGUAGACAUUGUUGGUGGAAAAGACGCUCAUCCUGGGGAAUGGCCCUGGCAUGUUGCCUUGUAUUUCAGCGGACAGUAUUUCUGUGGUGGUACUUUAAUCAGCGACACAUUUGUUCUAACUGCGGCGCAUUGUGUUGAGAAAUUUAUAAGAGAUUUCAGUUACCUUAAGGUCAAAUUGGGAGCCAACAAUCGAGAAAUAAGUGAGACAACCCAACGUGUGGUAAAAGUUGAAGCGAUAGAAUCCCAUUCAGAGCACGUGUACUUUAAGAAGAAUGAUAUAGCCUUACUUCAACUAGAACACCCAGUGACCUUCAACGAUUAUAUUCAGCCAAUAUGUCUACCAGAGCCUGACGAGCCUUUGCCGCUAUUUUCAGAAUGUUACACCAUUGGUUGGGGCAAAACAAAAUGGGAUGGUGAUUAUGCAGAGGUGCUACAGAAACUGAAAAUGACUCUAUGGGACACCAAGAAAUGCAACAGCUCUGUAGCCUGGAAUGGUGAAAUAUACGAUACUUUCCUAUGUGCUGGAUAUUACUCUGGUGUGCGAUCUAUAUGCAAAAAAGACAGCGGUGGGCCAUUAUUAUGUCUUGAUAAAAACAAAACCUGGAAACUCCGGGGAAUCAACAGUUAUGUCGGCAAUUUCUGUAACAUGACCGAAAGGCCCAAUGUGUUCACUAAUGUUUCUAUGUUCAUUGGUUGGCUCAACAAUAAGAUAGAGUGCAAAUUCCGUUGCGACAAUGGAAAGUGUCUAUAUUAUACAGACCAGUUGUGUGAUAGAGUUGACCAUUGUGGGGAUAAUUCUGAUGAAAUCAGACCUUGUAACAGGACGGUUUCAUGCGAUUUUGAAGACAAGUUUUUAUGUGGAUACGACUAUACAGGCUGGAAGCUUGGCUAUGAUAACAAAUUUGCAGCCAGCAUAGAAUUGGAUGGUCAAACCUAUACACAGUCUAACGCUCCACAAUAUGACCACACUGUUGGCAGAUUCCCAGGCAGUUUCUUCUACGGAAAACAAAAAGACGUUCGUGAAGCAGAAUUGUGGUCUCCAAGAUUCAAUACCACUGGGCAAACCUGUAUAAGAUUUGCUUAUCACCAAAGAGGUUCGAUCAAGUUAGGUCUUGUUGUCUAUCUAUACGUGUAUCGUUGGGGUGCUGAUGACAAUGAUGCCGACAUUAAACGACCUUGGUCAUCUGACAUCAUGACAAAUAGUUUAGAUGAAUGGAAAACCGGAUACUUUGAUAUUACAUUAGGAGAGUUUAAGCUGAAUUUUAAGACAGGGGAUCUCCUUUCAGCAGCUGUAGAUGAUGUUCUCAUGAUACCAGGCAUGUGUAGCGAUGUGUUAUGCAAGGAUGAUGAAUUCCGCUGUACAAACCGCAAGGAGCAUAAACAUAAAUGUAUACCAAAACAGCUGCAUUGUAAUCUUGCAGUAGAUUGUGAAGACGCGGUGGAUGAAAAAUCGUGUACCCAAGGGGUAACUAGUUAUAAAUGUACAUUCGAUAAUGGGAAUUUGUGCGCUCUUUACCAAGAAGUCGGAGACGCUUCAGAUUGGUGGUUGGUAAAUGCCACCUUCGUGCGGGAUGAACUUGCCGAUAAAAGUUUUGUUGACCAUACCACCAUGACAAAAGACGGGUUCCUGUUUUAUAUCAAUGCGUACAGUUUACAGACAAGUUCUAACCAUAUUUACAUGUGGCAAUUGUUCUAUCUACAAAGCAGAGUGCAUUGUUUUUCAUUCUACUACCAAAUGAAGUCCCAAGUAAACUUUAAAAUUCAUGUGGCGUGUCAGACGUGCGAAAUGAGAACGUACAUGGCACAGUCAACGUUUGACGAUAGAUGGACGCUGUUUCAAGUAGAUCUACCUGUAGCUGAUACUGUAAAUAUAACAUAUGAUGUCGAGGGAACGCAGAUAUCAGAGGGUUCAUUCCGAUCCUUCCUCGCACUAGAUGAUAUUGCUGUAAAACCUGGAGUUUGUCCAGAUUAUAUCUGUUCUUCGAGCUACACCAAAUGUAAGACCUACGACAGAUGUAUACCUAGAUCAGCAUUGUGUGAUAGAAAAGUCGAUUGUAUGGACGAAUCAGACGAGGAGCAAUGUGAUUGUACUGCUGACGAGUACCGCUGUGAGAGUGGACGCUGUAUACCGCAAGCCUACAAAUGUGACAGACAACCUCAAUGUCGGGACUCGAGUGACGAGGGCAGUGUUUGCCAAUCAUAUUUGUCUGUCAGUUGCACUUUUGAGCAUCCGUACAUGUGUGGAUAUGACUUCCUGUCCUACACUAACUUCCGGUGGGAACGGCACAAGGGUCAAACACUCACUCACUUUACUGGUCCGGAGUAUGAUCAUACUUACCGCAAUGAGUCAGGUUAUUACAUGUACACAGAAGCUAACAAUGGAAAGCCAGGUGACAACGCUUCUUUAAUAUCACCCGUUUUCACGACAAAUGUCGGGCAGAGUGUGCUGUUUUACUACCACAUGCUUUCAUUAGAGCAAACACACGCUCGUCCAGGUAUAUUGCAGUUUUCUAUAGAAAAUAUGCAAACGCAGACAAAGACCGUCUCAUGGCAAGCGCACGUGUUGGAUCUGAGAGACGAAUGGCGACCUGUAUGCGUUGAUUUACCCGACAACGCUAAAAUAAGGCUAUGGUUUACCGUGAUACGUAAUGAGACUACCAUAUAUGGUGUUGAUAUGGCCAUUGAUGACGUCAGACUUAAUACGUAUACUUGUUUAGAUUUGACAUCACCUCCUCCCUCCACAACAAUACCUACCACUGCGAGAAUGACAACCACACGAGGUUCUAACUGCGCUGCUGACCAGUUUGAAUGCGGAGAGGGUACAUGUGUCCCCCAAAAUUUCAGGUGUGAUGGUGAGUCCGAUUGUCCUGACUCGAGUGACGAGAAGAACUGUAAUUAACCACAAGUCAAUUAAUUUGCACAAAGUAAAUUAAUGAGCCAUAAAUCAAUGGCAUACCUUUAUUUAAAUUGAUACACAAUAGUCAUCCAGCCAUGACCUUAGUAAUGAAUCAACUCUGUUGGACGUGAUUUACUGAGACUACAAAUAAAUCUUUUAAACAAUAGCACUCGAUUAUUUGUUGGUAUAAAGCGAAUAUCAAUUGUAAAGGAAUAUUACAAAAAAUAGUUGACGCUGAUUAUUACUGUGCGGUGAUUAAUGGUAUUUGAUGUACUGCUAACUUUAAAGAAAUAACAAUUCUGCCACAACAAAAAGUCAGCCAAAUGCAUAUUGGACUGAAGUAAAUGCAUUUUGGACUGUACUUCAGUGUUCAAUAAGACUAGUGUAUUGUAUAUUGUACGCAAAAAUUGUAGACAAUAGAUGAUAAUACUGAAAACAAUAUUGUGAACAACACAGCUACAGGAAGUGACCAAUGUGGAACGCUGAAUUGAAAUCCUAUAAAUAUGUUGUAAAUCUCGUUGUAAAUUAGUCGUUUUAUAAUUAAUCCUUAACCUCCUGAAUUUGUGUAAUGAAUUUGUCCUGCUUUCAAUUUGGAACUUUCAUUUGGUGUUUAGUGUAUUUCAAUAUCAAACUAUAAAAAUUGGGCUCCCAGCUGUAUAGAGCCUGGCCAGACUGGACAUGGACAUUCAGGUUUGACUUGCUAUUUACUGGUGGCAUUAGCUAGAUACACUUCCGGUUCCAGUAGGUUAAGGGUUAAUGUUAAAAUAUUUUAUUCUGUGUUGUUGUGUUGUUGCCAGUGCCAUAAAUACAUUUAAAAAGAGUACUUAAUUAAGUAAUUAUUGUUUGUUGCAUUAUAAAUGUUAUAUUUACUGUUAGAAAAGGUAUGCUUUCUGCCAUGUUGUUUGUUAAAACAAUGCAUGUUUUAUCUGUUAAAAUUGUAUUUUUUUCUUUAAGGAAAACACAAUGUAUUUAUUUGUAAGAAAAGGUAUUGGUUUUCUUAUGACAAUGUAUAUUUUUUCUGUUAAAAUAUUUUUUUCUUCUGUAAGAUAAAGUGUAUUAACAUUUUAGUAUAUUAACGAGAAUUUGUCGCAAGCGCGGAUCCGGGAUUUUCUGCCAGAGGGUGUCCGAAUCCGCACAUGUAUCAUGCUAUCUUUUUUCUGAUUUUAUCAUUGUAACGACGGGAUGCAUAUAAUUUUUGCAUUUACUUCAGUGGCUUAAUAAUUAAAUUUUAAAUUAAAUAAUUAUGCAGCAAAGUCUUACACUAAUGUAACAAUUUCAGUAUCCAUUUUCAUUCUAUAAUUAGAGCAUGUAUACUUUUAACAUUUUAAAUAGUUGGUGGAAGACAAUGUGUUGCUGGCAACAUUUAAGUCUUCAAGCAUUGUCAGUUAAAGUGGGUAAUGUCAUUCAGUACAAAAAUGUAUCAUUUGAAAUCUGAUUAUGUUGUUUGGAAGGCAUAUUUUAUCUCCGAUAGUGAUCAAAAAGUAACUAGUAAGCAUUACAACACCCCGAUUAUAAUAAAGUUAUAAUAAAGUUACCUCAAGAGCCACUGUUAAACAUGGUCAAAUACAUUGCUUUCAUCAAUUUUCGGUGUCCAUGCAUGUGCAGGAGAUUGCAGUUUCUUUUUGUUUGUUUUUUCAUUCACUUUAAAAAUUAAAUAUUUGUUAACUAAGUAUUAGAAAUAAAUUAUAUCUUAAUAAGGAGGUAAACAAGUCUAACAAUGGUCUUGCUCGAUCUAUAUUUAUACCAAAGGCUUUAGCAGACUGAUGUAUGCGAUAAUAAUCGUUAGCUUAAAAGUCAAUUGGUAUGUUAAAUAAGUAAAUCAUGCCUCGAGUAAUUACCAGAAUGUUUCUUUUUAUAUAAGCUUCCUAUUUUAACCAUUUCCAUGCUAUAAACAUACAUGUAUCUUAAAAGGACAAGACAUUAGUCCAUUCUUUCAUUCUGAAUAAAACCAUUCACCAUUGUUAGGGAUCUUAAAAAAGUACUGACGAAAUAGUAGACAUUGCAGGCGGACUGAUCUUUAUUCUGACGUCAACAAGCAGUUAUUUAAAGACAGGAUAUACAUAAUAUGGUUAUUUUAUCUUGUUUCAUGUACUUUUUGUUAACAUAACUGAACCAAGGGUGUGAAGCUGCCUCUAGGGAAGUUCAUUAAUUAUAGUAAAUUUGGAAUUUUAUAUUAUAUUAUUAUAAUGUCAGAUUCAGGACAGAUAUUUAGCAAAAAGUGCCCCUGUUGUGGGCUGGGCACUUGAAAAUGAAAAUGUUAAUAGGGAAAUGUACUCAUAAUUAAAAUCACGUAAUUAAAAUCAAAAUCGUAUUCAAUUUUGUGUGAUACUUAGCCCGAUUCACGUAUAAACAUUUAAAUAAACGAUGCUUAUUUUCAAACUUGAAAUAAUUUUCGAAGAUUUGAUCUGAAGUUUUUGCACAGAUUAUGUCAUAUGGUUCAUAAUUGUAAAAAUAUAUCUCGAAUCCCGUUAAUAAAGAGUCCCUUUAAUUAAAGCACGUGACAUUAUUAAUAUAUUGAAGAAAAAGAACCAUACAAAACAAAAUAUUCAGCUGCUAUUUAGUACGUUUAUUUAGCAUACGCCAACCUUUUUUAUCGGAAUUACCAAACAUAAUAAUUUUAAUUUAGAUGCGUUGGUACGAAUUUUUAGAUUUGCAUUUAUAAUCGUCGUUUUCUUUUGCAUCAAUAUAUCCGAUUACGGGCAAUCCAAUAUAGCUUUAUAUCCGUAAAGAAUGAAUCCGUUAAUACCGUAUUAUAUCGUAAUAACCGCCUUCAGUCGACACUUUCCGUAACAAUUGUACCGAUAACAGGCACACCAAUGCAGUUUUAUUACUAAAAGUAUUUACGACCCAAAUGAAUCGGUAAACAACGUUCGAUGUCGGAUAGCAUCGUCAUAAAUCCGAGAUGCCUCUCGGCUACAUUCAACAGUUUCCACGUACCUUUUUUAUGUAAAUUUUUGUCUUCAAUGGUAACGACAUUAGUUAUGGCAAUUUUCAUACAUUCUCAUAAGGGUCUCCGUAAUCCUGAAAUAUAAGGGUUUACUGUGCCAGGUCAUUACACAAUUUACAAGUCGGAUGUUUUGGUUUAUUAAUAGGGCAAUUUUGUUUUUUAUUAAAUCGUUAUUUUGUCAGUGAUUGUCAUUACUAUUAUGUACAUGUUCUUCAUAUUUAAUUUACUCUUUUUAACUAAAUAAACCGUUGCAAUAAACAUAUACAUAUUUAUAUACAAAAUUGGUCAAGAUAUGAACUAUUUGUUAAAAAAAAGUUUUCAUGAAAUAAAGAUAUACGCCGCCAAUGAAAUCAAUUUAAUUGCCUCGGCUUAAAAAAAAUGUGUAACUACAAUUGAAAAAAAUGAUAUUAACACAAUAAAUACACAGUACUUGAACUGAUAAGGUGUUGUUAUUGUUGUUGGUAAAAUAAGAUUAAAUAAAAUGAUAUAUUCUACAUUUCUUUUAUAGAUAUAAGAAAUUGUAAAUGAAAUUAAACACCAAAUCAUGUGUAUGUUUAAAUUGAGCUGUAUAUUAGAAGAGAAAUAUAGAGUGUAUAAUGUUUAAAACA